AAAUCUAAUGUUUAUUUAGUACAUAAUAUUUGAAUUAUUUUGUGAUUUUAUCUUUGAUUUUAAAAUUUUAAAAUUAUUAAUUUUUUUUUAAUACAAUUAUUAGUUUAUUUAACAAUUAUCAUGGUUCGUAAAAAAAUUGACAAUCGGAUCAGAACGCUGAUUGAAAAUAGUGUUACAGCCGGUCAUCGUACUAUGUUUGUAAUUGUUGGUGACAAGGGUCGUGAUCAGGUUGUUAUUUUACAUCAUAUGUUGUCAAAAGCAUCCGUCAAAGCUAGACCUAAUGUAUUAUGGUGCUACAAAAAAGAAUUAGGUUUCAGCAGCCAUCGCAAGAAACGUAUGAAAACUAUACAACAUAAAGUCAAAGCGGGUAAACUUAAUGUAAAUGAAGAUGAUCCAUUUGAAUUAUUUGUCGCUUCUACAAAUAUUCGAUAUUGCUAUUAUUCAGAAACUCAUAAAAUUCUUGGCAACACAUAUGGCAUGUGUGUAUUACAAGAUUUUGAAGCUAUGACUCCAAAUUUAUUGGCACGUACUAUAGAAACAGUAGAAGGUGGUGGACUGAUAGUAUUUUUAUUAAGGUCUUUGAAAUCUUUAAAACAAUUAUAUACCCUAACCAUGGAUGUUCAUGAACGAUUUAGAACUGAAGCUCAUCAAGAUGUUGUUGCUAGGUUUAAUGAGAGGUUCAUGUUAUCUUUAGUAUCAUGUGAUCGAUGUCUAGUAGUUGACGACCAAUUAACAGUGUUACCUAUUUCAUCCAAAGUACUUGAUUUAGUUCCUGAGGAAAAAACUAAUAUUCAAUCAAUUAAUGAUCAAGAAUUAGCAGCGUUAAAAGAAAAUAUGAAAGACACACAACCAGUUGGAUGUUUAGUUAGUUGUUGUAAAACUGUUGAUCAGGCCAAAUCAUUACUAACAUUUAUUGAAGCAAUUUCUGAAAAAACUCUAAGAUCUACUGUAUCCUUAACGGCUGCUCGAGGUAGAGGAAAAUCUGCUGCUCUUGGAAUAGCUGUUGCAGCUGCCGUUGCAUUUGGUUAUUCCAAUAUUUUUGUUACUUCACCUUCACCUGAAAAUUUAAAAACAUUUUUUGAAUUUAUUUUUAAGGGUUUUGAUGCUCUUGGAUAUCAAGAACAUUUAGAUUAUGGUUUAGUUAGAUCUACCAAUCCUGAUGAUAAUAAAGCUUUGGUGCGAGUUAAUAUUUUCCGAGAUCAUCGACAAACCAUCCAAUAUAUAGUUCCAACAGAAUCAAAUAAAUUAAGUCAAGCAGAAUUAGUUGUAAUUGAUGAAGCUGCUGCUAUACCACUUCCACUUGUAAAGGCCAUGCUUGGUCCGUAUCUAGUAUUUUUGGCGUCUACAAUCAAUGGUUAUGAAGGAACUGGUCGAUCAUUGUCAUUAAAAUUAUUGCAACAACUCCGCUCUCAAGCUACACCUAUUGGUAAUAAUGCAAAUGAUAAAACCGGUCAAAAUGCUAUCACUGGACGAUUUUUAAAAGAAGUGACUUUAGAAGAAUCAAUACGUUACAAACCUGGUGAUGAUGUAGAAAAAUGGUUGACUAAUCUGUUGUGUCUUGAUGCAACAAAUAUUGCUCCACUGCUUUCAGGCUGCCCUCCUCCUGAUAGAUGUGAUCUGUAUUAUAUCAAUAGAGAUACUUUAUUUUGUUACCAUAAGGCGUCAGAAGCUUUCUUGCAGCGAAUUGUUUCAUUAUAUGUAGCUUCACAUUAUAAAAACAGUCCAAAUGAUCUUCAAAUGAUGUCAGAUGCUCCAGCACAUCAUUUAUUUUGUCUUUUGGGUCCUGUUGAUGUAAAUACAAAAAGUUUACCUGAAGUUUUAUGUGUCAUUCAGGUGUGUCUGGAAGGUGAAGUAUCUCAAACAUCAGCAUCAGAAGCUUUGAAACGUGGUAAAAGAGCAGCCGGUGAUCUUAUACCAUGGACAAUAUCUGGUUGUUUCCAAGAUGAACAAUUUCCAUCUUUAGCUGGAGCUCGUAUUGUUCGUAUUGCUACACAUCCAGACUACCAAAGCAUGGGAUAUGGUUCAAGAGCAUUGACUUUGCUAAAAAUGUAUUAUGAGUUUUUGAUUCCAAAUAUUGAAGAGGGGAAACUUCCUAAAGAAAAUAUUGAUUCUAUUCUAGAAGAAGAAGUAGACUUACUUGAAGAAAGAAUAGAACCACGUAAUAAUUUACCUCCAUUGUUAUUGAAGCUAAGUGAGCGGCCUCCAGAACGUUUAGAUUAUAUUGGUGUAUCAUUUGGUCUCACUGGCCCACUUCUAAAAUUCUGGAAAAAAGCUGGAUUUAUUCCAUUAUAUAUUAGGCAAACCAAUAAUGAGUUAACAGGAGAACAUUCUUGCAUAAUGAUUUCCACUUUAAAUACGGCAGACUCAAAAAAUCAAGACUGGCUAUCUCAAUUUUGGGUUGAUUUCCGUAAACGUUUUAUAUCACUUCUUGGUUACCAGUUUCGUAAAUUCUCACCUCAAUUGGCUCUUGGAGUGUUACAUAAUACUAAUAUUACUACGCACACGGAUAAAAAUAUUUUGGAUAAAACAGAGUUGGAUAUUCAUUUAAGUUCUUAUGAUAUUCAUCGAUUAGAGAAAUAUUGCAAUAAUAUGGCUGAUUAUCAUCUUAUAAUGGAUCUUUUACCCACCUUAUCCAAGCUUUACUUUCAAGGUAAAAUUGGAGAUACCCAUUUCUCGGCUGUUCAAAAAGCAUUAUUACUAGGAUUGGGACUACAAUAUAAAACUGUAGAAGAUCUUUCAGAACAAUUUGAAUUAUUACCUUCCCAAUUACUUGGCUUAUACAAUAGAAUGAUGCGUCGUAUACUGCAAGUCAUUAAUGGAAUAAUGGAACAAAAUGUUGAUAGUAAAAUGCCGGUAAUUCAACAAGUGGAUAGUAGUGAAUUAAGACCAUUAGCUAAACCUCUGGAGGAAGAAUUAGAACAAGCAGCUAAAGUUUUGAAAAAGAAACAACGCAUAGAAUUAGAAAAACUAAAACAAGAAAAUCUGACUAGAUAUGCGAUUAAAGGAACAGAAGAUGAAUGGGGAAAAGCUCUAGGAAAUUCCGGUAAAACUAAAAGUCUUAUUAGUGUAAAAAGUGGAGAAAAAAGAUUAGCAGAUCCGGCCAAGUAUGAACCGGAAGAGGAAAAUGAACCAAAAAGGAAAAAGACUAAAAAUAAAUUCAGAAAAAAAUAAUCAAGUUAUUUAUAAUUUAUAUUUUGUUUAAUAUAGUGUGUUUUAUUAUCCCAUUUUGACAUCAAAUAUAAACAAUUGCAUUUAUAAA